AUGUUGAAUCCCGAAUUGGCCGAAACAUCAUUUUACGAUAUCAAGUCGGAUCAGCCGACUCUCCAAGAUGCUCUGAGAACCCUGAAGUCUUCGGAUUUUAUUGCAUGGCACUCAUCAUUUUUGGAUUUGAUUGGACCGAGUGCGAAGCUCGAGCGGAUCCAGUCUUUUGAGGGCGAACCUCUUACCGUCCACGAAGCUCCCGCAUAUGUUCCAGAAACCAACGAACUGUUUUUCGCCGAUACGCAAGUUACAGGGUGGCUCUGGGCUAUCGAGGUGGACACGUUCCAGACUCGGAAAGUCGAGACAAUCCCGCCCCUACCAAAUGUCAACGGAGCUCGUUAUCACCAAGGAAGAAUCUACCUAACUACAAAUGGUGGCUCGGCUCGUGGUAUAUGGUCUCUCGACCCCAGAGAUGGUACCGCGACCCCAGUCGUGAACAACUUCCGUGGUCGGCAUCUCAACAGCCCCAACGAUGUCGCAUUUGAUGCACAAUCCAACAUGUGGUUCACCGAUCCCCCUUACGGCUGGUACCAGGGAUUUCCCGAUGUUCAAUCUCCAGAGGUACCCACGGGGAUUUACUUUUUUAAUAUGAAAACAAAAGCCUUGAAUGUCGUCUCCAACAAUGUUGUUAUCAUGCCGAAUGGCCUUGCUUUCUCUCCCGAUGGCGCAACACUUUACGUCGCAGAUUCUAACUCGACAUCUGGAAAGCCUAUGGAGCACCAUCCUGCCAGUCUAAGAAACGUCUGGGCGUUCGAUGUGAAAGGCUCACUACUGAGCAACCCCCGUCUCAUUCAUCAAACCGAAACUGGUUGGCCCGAUGGUAUCCAAGUCACACACAAUGGAUAUGUCCUAGUGGCAGUUUAUGGAGGAGUGGAUGUCAUUGAUCCUGAGACAGGAAAUUUGCUUGGCAAGAUCAAUACACCGGAUGAUAUUGUUUUCAACCUGGAGAAGGGCCCUCGUCGCGGAAAUGAGCGAGUGUGGUUGCUGACAGGGCAGAAAUACAUUUAUAGAGCGACUAUCAAAGAGCCUUAG